AUGGAGCCCGAGAUACCCGAAGGGAUAGAAGAGGUCGAGGGUGAUGUAGACUUUCUGCAGCUGCUGCGAGAUUCCUGGGAGCUGGCAGCCAUAUCCCAGUUUUGCAGAAUCUUUUCUGAAACUCUUAAAAUCCGCCCGUUCAGCACGGACAAACUCGAAGCUGCCAUCUUGGAACCAGAUGAACAUGGGGUUUUUCUCUCUUCCCUGCUCUACCUCCUUCUUAGACCAGCGAAGGAGACGAGAGAGCCCUACAUUGAGCGGGAGUCCGUUGUAUGGGAGGAGCUGCUCAAGCGGAAGCUCGACGCCCAGUGGCCGCAGGCGUUCACGGCUCACCCAAUGGCCGGGGGGGACUUCUACACCAUAGACCCGGUGUCCCGGAUGAACAUACUUUACGCCCUGUGCGAGUGGAGGCUGGAUGAGUGUGCCUCGGUACGGGACGUCAUCAGACAAGCGUCAGAGAAUCCCGAGACGGCAGAUCAGCUCCGACACGAACCAAUUGGCGAGGACUCGAAGGGCAAUCGCUACUUCCACUUCGCAGACGACAGCGAGGACUGUCGGCUGUACCGGGAGGAGGCUCCUCGCAAGCGUCUUGGCAAGAAGAACAAGGACAAAAGUGAUGAAGCUCUGUGGGAGACGGUUUGCACUACUUUGGAGGACAUGUCAGACUUCGCAGCCAAGAUGAGCGCGUCCAGGAAUAAGAACGACAAGGCUCUGCACGACCUGCUCACAACCAGCGUGCUGCCCAAGCUCAUGGACACAGUGCAGGCCCGCAGGAAGGCAGAAGAGAGGGCAGCAGCACUUGAAGCGAUGCCCAAAAAAAGGUCCUCGAGGUUGCAGGUUCUGCAGAUCAAGAAGGACGAGGAGGAGCGAAAGAAGAAGGAGGAGGACGAGGAGAGGAGCCGAAUGGAGAAAGAGAGGGAGCGGCUGAGGAAGGACAGGGAGCGCGAAUUGCGCCUGAAGGCCAGGCAGGAUGAGGAGGAGCGGCUGCAGAGGCAGGCGGCAGAGCUGCGGCGGAAGCUGGCGGGCAUCCACCCCGACGGCCCCUCGCGGGAGGAGCGCUACUACCGGCGGCUGCAGCAGAUCGACAAUGGGGAGAUCCCAUCGCGAGGCACGCGCCGAUGCUCAAGCGAGAGCAGGGAUGUGUCAGCGAGCGAGCCUUCCAAGUCGCAACCGCAGCAGCAGCAGCAGCAAGGCACACUGUCAGAGGAUGCCCCGGAGCACAACAGCCCGGAGCGCAAGCCCACCCCGCCGCUGCCCAUUCCAAAGUUCCACCAGCCCCUUGAUUUCCCUAUGCCGCCCAUGGGCGCGAUGGAUGCAGAACCUCUGAGCUUCAACCCGCACGACGAGCAGCCACAGUCCUCAGCGCCCUGGCAACAGCAACACAACCCAUACCGGCAGCAGAGAGAAGGAUUCCAGCAGGAGCAACAGCAGCAGCAGCAGCAGCAGGAGGCUUAUGGCAAUCCUGCUGGGCGGCAAUUGCGGCAACGCGGCGGGCAUCCAGGGCAGGCGGCGCGCGGAAGGAAGCGGGAGCAUUCGCCGGGGUGGUCGCCGAUGGGGCUGCAUGUGGUGAAGCGCCACCGCGCGCUGAGGACGCGGCCAAAUCGCAACACCAGCGCAUUGGCACGUUUCGGCAAGCCGCUGCCGCCGCCGCGCAUGGACGACUACUACGAGGGCUCCGACCUGGACCUGUCCUCCGAGAGCGAGGGGCCCGUGUACAAGCCGCAGUCGAGAGCUGACAGGUCAAGGAGGAGGCAGAAGGACUCGGACAGCGAUCCAGAUUACGAGGGUGAAAGGAGCGAGAGGAGCGGGCGCUCGGCCAAAGCACGUGCCGCAGCCAAGCGCAGCACAGCCAGUAACACUGCACGGCCGGGUGGGGGAGCACAGCACCAGGGCUUCCAGAGCCAGCAGAUGCAGGCACAACGCAUGCAGGAGAUGGAGAUGCAGCGGCGCCAGCUGAUGGCGCGCUAUCAGAACGCCAGCCCAGCCGAGCAGCAGCUCAUAAAGCAGCAGCUCCUGGCGCAGCGGCAGCAGCAGUACCUGCAGCAGCAACAGCUGCAAAUGGCUGGCAUGCAGGGCGGGGCCCAGCCGGGCAUGGGUGCCUAUGACGCGCAGGCAAAGCAGGCAGCGCUGAGGCAGCAGCUGCAGCAGCAGCAGCGGCAGGAGGUGCUGCGGCUGCUGGGCACUCUGACGCCAGAGCAGCGAGAGCAGCUGUCACGCUUGCCCCCCGUUGCACAGAACCAAUUCCUGGGUCAGCUGCGGCAGCGCCAUGUGGAGCAGCAGCAGGUGGCUGCGCAGGAGGCCGCUCGGCAGCACGAGAUGCAGCAGCGCAUGCUUGCCAGCCUCAAUCCGCAGCAGAUGCAGCAACUGCAGGCCAUGCCCAAGCCCCAGCAGCAGGCGGCGCUGAGCUCCCUCACGCAGCGAUUUGCUGCACAGGAGCAGGCACGCCUCAUGCAGCGGCAGCAGGCGAUGCAGCAGAUGCAACAGGCAAAUGGCCCUAUGGCACAGCCCAUGUUGCACCAGCAGCAACAGUCCCAGCACGGUUUCACUUCCUUGGGCUUUCAGCAAAGGUCCCAGGAGAGUAUGCCAGGCAGCAGCGGGGGCAUGUACUCUCCUCGCGCAAUUCAGGGAGGCCAGCAGCAGCGAUCCCAAUUUAUCCCCACACAGCCCAUGAUCCCCACUGGACCACCCACCAACGAGAGGAGCUUUGCGCCGCACAGUGCAGGCAACGGUGUCGCCUCGGAUUGGGCCAGGCAGGCCGGGAUGCAUCCGGCGAUGCAGAAAGCGUCUGCCGCAUUUGAACCGCAGGCGAUGUCUGCGCCGAGCAUGCUGGAGCCUCUCCCAGUGUCCUUUCCCCCGCAGAGCGGCAGUGCUGCUUUCAGCCAGGGACACCCGCAACAGCCUGUCAGCGGUGCCCUCACCUCAAUGCCAUCUGCCUUGCGGCCUGGCCCGUCAGAGCAGGCACAGCAGCAGCGCACCUCCUCGCCGUUUGUGCCGCAGGAGAUGCAGGGGGCAAGCCGGCCUUCUGUGGGGCAGCGAGUGCCUGGCGCAGAGGUUGCUGGCCGGGCUGCGUUGCCGGGAUCGCCGCGCUACAGCGCACCCGUCACGACCGGUCAAGACAAAGCGCAGGACGCCGGCGAUCGUGCAGGGGCUCCCACUUCCCAGGUGACCUCCGGGGCGUCUCAGGGCAGCCAGCCCUUCCAGCAAGCUGCCGUAGCUGCUCAGCCGCCUGAGGCAGGGCCCUCGCACAGCCCGCCAGCGCGGCCGCUGUCGGCCGGGCAGUCGCCAGGCCUGCUCAUCAUCACGUCAGCCGCGCCGUCCACCGCAGUCGGCCUGGCAGAACCCUCCGCCCCAGGCGCCGGGGUCUCUCCCGGCGACGUGGCGGCUGAGGGAAGCCAGGGGCCGCGAGAGCUGUUCCAGCAGGAAGAGCCGGUGUUCCCUGACAGCGAGGAGCCUGAGGGGAGGUGCCCCAGCCCGCUGCCUGUGAGCAUCGACGACUUUGGGCAGCCGGACGACCUGCCGGACAUGAUGGCCGAGGACCUGCCCUGGAACUCGGAGCGCUCUUCCCCGCCAGAAGAGCCCGCGAGCACAGCGAGUGCCGGGGACGGCGCACCGCAGACAGGGCCAGAUUCUGGCGUGCCACAGGAGGAACCCAGCAGCGCUGGAGCUGAUGUCCAAGUGUUGGAGCUUGGAGAAACGGCGCCUUCAGAGGGAAAUGGUCUGGUGCAGUCGUGA